UUUUCAGUGAGAGGAGAAGAGAAGAGAAGAAGAGAAGAAGAGAAGAGAAAAUCAGUUUGGAUGAUGAUCAUCUCUUUUUAGUCUCUACUCUAUGAUGGCUCCAAUGGCUGCUUCUAUUAACGAUUCUACGGUUAAGUUUUUUUCUAAAGCGAAUUGUGAUCAAUGGCUUUUUGUUUUGUCACAAUACAAACAAGUGUUUAAGAUUCGAGCUCAGGUAACCAGAGGAUCGAAAAAAAGUGGACCUCAAGAUGCGAUUAAAUUGGAUGAUUGGUAUCAAGAAGAAUUGCCGAAAAUAUUACAGUCGCGUAAAGAUAAACAUGUAAGGUAUGAGGAAUUGGUUCAGAUUACUAAGUGGAAAUUUUUGCGAACCAAAAAUCGGGCUGGUCUUUUGGAUCUGGUUCGGAUAAACACUGAACUCGCCGUGAAACAAGCCUCCACCAAAGCUUUUAAGAAAUGUCCAACGAAUCUCCAAGGCGCUAUUUCCGCCCUUGUUAACCUUAAAGGAAUUGGUGUUGCCACGGCAUCAGCUAUUCUAUGUGCUUGUUUCCCAGAGAUUUGUCCUUUCAUGGCAGAUGAAUGUUUAGUCUCUGUACCAGGAAUUGAGAAUACAAAUUAUUCCAUCAAUGAAUUUAUGGCUUUUGCUGACCAAAUUAAAGCCUGUUGUGAGAGGCUACAAGCUGCAGAUCCAAGUGCUAAAUGGACACCACACAAGGUAGAAUUGACUUUAUGGACACAUUAUUGGAUUAAAGAGAUGAAACUUAAUUUAUUGGAUAACAUGCCUACUCCUGAAGGAUUGGAAGAUGAAAUAGAGGAAACAGGAUCAGAUGAAGUUGAAGUAAAAAAUUUAAGUAAAAACAAUGGUGAUUCUCAUGUUAAAUCAUCAUCAUCUUCAUCAGCAACAUCAGUCUCAGCAUCAGCAUCGUCUUCAGAAACAACAUCAGCAACAACAACAACAACCACAACAUCUACUUCUAGAAGAAAUGGUGACAAAGUAUUAGACGAAGAUUCCAAUAUAUCUUUGGGAGUUUCUAACGCUUCUGAAGUGGAAGAUGAGGAUAGUCGAAGUUUAGAUGAGGUUCGUAAAAAUAAUGGAACCAAUUCUAAUAGAAUGACUAACAAGAGUAACAACACUACAAAUAACAACAGAAAUUGUAGUAAUAGUAAUAAUAAUAAUAGCGCUUAUAAUUGUAUUGAGGAUAGUAAAGAUGGAGGAGGAGAUGAUAAUUGUCGUCAACAAUUAAUUACAAAUGGAGAUAAUAGUAGUAACUUGAGUUACUCAAAUUUAAGUUCUGAUGAUUUGAAUAACAGUACAACAGAUAAUACAGCCGAUAAUACUUUGGAUGGACCCACCAACCUUUCAAUGAUUAGUACUAAUAAUAAUACUACCACUACUACUUCUUCAUCUUCAUCAUCAUCUUCAUCUCUAUCAUCAUCGGCAUCUACAACUACAACUACCACCUUGAAUAUCCCCACAACCACAACUCUAAACAUCAACAAUAUGAGUAAUUACUACAACACCAACAACAAUAUGAAUAAUAUGAAUAACAGUAACAGUAACAUGAACAUGAACAUGAACAUGAACAUGAACAGUAAUAACAUUAAUAUCAAUGUUAUUACCUCUUCUGAUGUAUCGACAACCUCAUCUUGUUUACCACCUUUACCAUUACCACCUCAUCAAGUAGCAGUCCCAGUGGAUAUUACCGAAGGUGAUGCAAGCUCAUCGAUUAUCAAUGGCCACUCUGUUAUUAGUAAUAGUAAUGGAGAUGAUUGUAAAAAGAUUGAUAAAAUUGAUAGUGAAAUUAAUUGUAAUACCGUUUGUUCAUCGGUUGAUGGAUUGGUUGUAUCAAGUAACAGUAUAAAAAGACCUUUGGAAGAGAUAACAUCUAGUGAUGGUGAUGGACUGGAAGACAAUGGAUCAUUAGAAAAAAAAUCUCGAAUCGAUUGAUGUCUCCAAAUUAAUCAACUUUAGACAACUAACAUAUAUUUAUCAUUUGUCGUUCUUUAUCAACUAAUCUACGUUAAUCAUUAUUACCUUAAAUUCAACAAUAUCAUGACUAAAAAAAUGCAAAAAUAUAUAUUGGAAAAUCAGUUUAACCACCAAACACAACAUCUUCUCAAAAAGCUCUAUCCGUUGAUGGGAAUCUAAAUCAUUUUGACUUUUCUCUCUCUCUCUCUCUUUCUUCACGCUUCUCCUUCAUUCAAUCAUCACACGUAACAUUUAACAAACACACACACAACUAUCAACACCAUUCAUCAUACACACAACAACAAAAAACUCAUUUUCUAAUCUGUUGUUUUAUACAUAUGCUUGACUUUAUCUCUUAUAUUUUUCACUUUUUUUUGCUGUGAAGAAAAAGCAUCAAUCUUUUUCUGAGAAAGAAAAAAAUAGAAAAUUAUUACAACAUUUGCACCAAUUUGCGAGAUAAACUUAUCGUCUCAUCUCAUCAUCGCCUGGAGUUAAAUCAACUAAAUUAUUCACUCCCUUCUAAUAAGAUUUGGCAUCAACUCUAAAAGACGAAUCAUACAACAGUCUCUCUCUCUCUCUCUCUUUUUCUUUUAUUCUCUCUUCUAAUCAAUUCUUGAAACAACAAUUUCGAAUAUCUGUUUGUUCAUUUUCCAUCUUAACCAAAUGACCCACCCAAUCAUUCACAACUUUAUCCAUUAUCUUCUUUCUUUCUCUCUCUCUCCCUAUCAAUUGAAUAUUAUUUUCAUUGAACAAAAAAAGAAACCAAACUAAAAAACUGUGUAAAUUUCAUUUAAAAUGAAACAAAAAAAAUGGAUUAAUUGUCAACCUUUGAAAUACUUAAAACCAAAUCAACUUUUCACAAAGUAUUUCAUUGAGAUGGAAAAAUCUUGAAAAGUUCAGCUGAUGAUAAAAAAAUGAAAACAAUUAAUUUAUAAAGAAAAUUGUAAAACCAAAACGAUAAUCCUGAAAAUGACCUUCCAAUACAUCAAAUUAACAACAAUUACCAUUGAAUUUAAAUGGACAAAAAUUGAUUUUAAAAUGGAAAAGAACAGAAAAAUUUGAAAAAAGAAAGAAAAACAAAAAUAUCAACAAGAUUUUCUUCUCAUUGUUUCAUGCGAAGAGGCGAACAGAAAAUCUCAUCUCAUUACAUGUAAUUGAUGAUGUUGACAUUUUCUUCAUCCUCUUUCACACACACAAUCAGUUGAUUGUAAACAUGAACAAUUCUUGUAUUCAAGAAACUCCUCAUCUCUCAGUCAACUAAUCUUCAACUCCAACCACCAUCACCACCAUUUCCCUCCCUGUCUUCAUCAUACGAACUGGUUCUUCCUCUUCCCAACAUCUUUUCACGUUUAGUUGCACAUUAGCUACUUCAUCUCUUCAUGUUAACGACCUUUUCCUCCUCCUCAUCUUCUUACUGAAAAUUUUAUUUCUCUUUUUUUCCUUUCUCUCUCUCUCUCUCUCCCUUUCCUCCCUCUUCAUCUUCUUAUUUAUCUUCUCUUACUUUUCUUUCUCGCUGGCAAAAAGUUUUUUUCUUCUUUCUCAUCGUCAUCGUCAUCGUCAUCAUCAUCUUGUUUUCUCAUCCACACACACACAUAUAUACAUUUAUGCUCUUAAGUUUUAUCAUCUUCUCCCUCUUUCUCAAACUGAUCAUUCUUAUCUCAUUCCAAUUCCUACUAACCGAAUUAAUUUAAUCACCAUGAUGAUUAAACGAUAUCACCGUCCAUUUCUGCCAUUGAAUUUUACUUGUAUUAACUUUGUAAACAUAAUCAUGGCUUCUACCGGGUGACAAUCGCCCUUAGGGUGUUUUCAUUGUAAUCGUAAAUCGGUAGAUUACUUUAUAGAGAUUAUCAAGUGAAUCAAAUAAAUCAUCUGAAUACCUUAGAA